AUCUGUCAAGUGAUAUUUUACCGUAUCCAAUUGCUACGAUGCAAUAAAUACUAUAAUUCCAAAUUUUUAGUUGUCAAUGUGUUUGACGAUAAAUUUGAAGUAAAUGCAAAUACUAAUUAAUUUAUACGAAAAAAAUGUAAUUUUAUAGUUAAUGCUACCAUAUGUGUAAACGGAGCUAUUGUAUAUUUAUUUCGUUUAUACAAUUCGUUCGUGUUCAUUGUGUUGUUAAAUACAUAUUUGUAAUGAAAAUGAAGAUUCCAAAUAAUCGUUCUGGGAACGAUUAUGGAAAUGAAACAGGAAUUAUCUCUUACAUGGAUAAUAAUUUUGAUUCUGAAAUCGAUGUACAAGGAACAGAAGAAAGUGAUUUUUCUGAGUACCUUUGGAUGGAAAAUGAGGAAGAAUUUGAUAAAGAGGUGAUUCAACAAUUAAUGGAAGAAGAAUUAACAGAAGAAUGUUUAAAAGCAAUGUGGGAAGAUGAAAGACAUGAACGAAAUACAAAUUCUAUUGCUUGGUCCACUGCUACAAGCAUGCCUGAGAAUAAUAGUGCUGAACUUUGUCAGCAACUUAGUAAUCUAAAAAUGCAUGAUGAUCUUGCUAAGCAGAGUACAUUGAAUCCAAAUGCAGCUGAAUUUGUUCCAGCAUUCAAAUCAGCAGUAACAUCUAUCUGAAAGUUUUUAUAUACUGUAGUGUGCGUUUCUAAAUGAAACACUUUUCUAAGAGUUCCUUUUGUAACACUUAUUUUGUACUGGUAUAUAUCUUCUAUAUCAUUGUGACAUGAAUUAAUAUUAUAUACUGAAGUCGUUAAGACUGAUGUAAGUAAAAUAUAUUGCACCCAAUGCAUAUUUCAUUUAUAGAACAAUACUUAAUGCAUCUAAUUAUACAAGAAAACAAUUUUAAUUUUUAUUUUUAUUAUCAAUUUUUUAUUUAAAAAAUUCUGGUCGUGUUAUAAUUCUGGUCCUCUAUCAGCAUAUGUCUUGAAAGACUUGAAGAUCUCAAGGGAAAGUCUUACAGGCUGUGAAGGACACUUUUUCUGACUCUAUUUUGUACAUUGAGAGCCAAUGUACUACUUAUUUACUUUAAUUAAGUAAUAAAAUUAUUAUAAAAUGAUAUUUUAAAACUGAUUAGAGUAUGUAUAUGAAAUGUAAUAUUAUUAAAAAAUAUAAGUGGUGAAUGUAUUUUGCAUUAUUAAUCAAAAUUGAAAUAAUAAAAGUAUUAAUAUUUUCUCAUUAUCUUGAUAUAUAUUAUAAAAUUUUGUUAACGAAAUUUAAAGUUUUUAGUAAUGAAAUUUUUAAAAAAUAAAAUUAUAUUUUAAUAAUCAUUAAUCAUACAUAUUCGCCACUUAUACUCUUUGAAUAAACAUAUUUAUGUACAAAUUCUAUUAACAUUCUCUGCAUUGUGAUAGAUACAUACAUGAUUUUAUAAAACCGCAUGAAUUAAAUUUACAUUACUUUAGCCACAAUAUACUUUAGUAUGAAUACAAUAACUGUGAUUAUGAAGCAAAUUAAAUAGAUUUAUCAUAGAAUUAUUCACAGUUAAAAAAUCUUAUUAAUUUCUCUGUGCUUCUUAUUAUUUUGCUUUCAAAUUUUGUUCACAUAUCUCUUCUAUUUGUGACUCUUCAUAAAAAAAAUAAAAAAUUUUAAAAAUUAUAAAAAAAAAAAGAGUAACAUAUUUAGUGUAAAAUACAUACAUAAUUACAAAUAUUUAUAGAUUUAUUUGGAAGAUUCAAAUUGAGUGGUGCAUUAAUUUUAUAAAACAAUAACAAUAAAUUUAAAUAAUUUCUUUUAUGUUUUAAAUUUAUCUUAGUAUGAAAAAAAAGAGACUGUUUUUUUAGAUUUAAGAUAGUUUCUUUAACAAGAUUUGAUGUAUAUUUAUUCUUAUCAUUUUUUAAAAAUAAUAUCGAUAAAAUAUAUCAAUUGAAAGCAUUAUUUAGUUUAUAUAAUUUUACUUUUUGCAAUAAAAUCUUUAAGAAAUGUAAGUAUGAAGUAUAUCAAUAAUCGUAUAAAUAUAUAUCUUGUAGUCAUCAAAUCUGUGUCAAUUUAAAUGACAUGCAGUAUUUAUAUCAUAUUAUUAAUAUUUUUAGUAGCAUGUCAUAUAUAUCAAUAAAAAGCUGUAUUUUAGCAGUAGAAAAAUAUAAAGAAAUCAUCUGGUUACAAUGUAACCACUAUACAAUGUACCAUUGCAUAAUACUUUGAGUUUUCCAAAAUUUAAAUGUCUCAAAUUUAAAUAAUAUCAAAAAAUAAAUAUCACAUUUUUUAUGAAUUAUUUCAAUAAGUAUAUUUCAAUAGUACCUGUUUUUUUUGGCAUGUAAUGAUAAUUACUAUUAUUAUUAGUAAUAAGGUAAUUAAGUUUUAACAUAUAAACAAUUAUAAUUAUUUCAUAUAUUAUGUACAAUCAAAGAUAAUACUUUAAGAAAUAUAAAAAUUCAUUAUUGCAAUAACAUAAUUUAAAUAAUUUAAAUGAUCAACAAGCACAAAUAUUUUAUUUUUAUUCAAUAAAUGAUAUUUGAUUGUGCAAUAUAUAUUUUUUCAGCUUCAUAUUGAGACAGAAAAAAGAAAAAUUCAAAAGAUUUUUAAUGCAAAAAAUACAGGUAAAUAACUUUUUCCUGUAAUAAUAAACUUUUUUCUUUACAAAUACUAUAUACAUUAGAAAAUAACGUAUAGUGAAUUAGGAUAAAGAUAAUUAUGUUGUUUAAGCGAGUGUGAAUUAUAAUUAUAUCAUUGCCAUUAAUCAUUUGCAUUUGCAAUUUCCUGUAUUGUAUUAUUUUUUCUGUAAUAUUUAGUAUAUAAAUGAAUCAUAUAAAAUACAAAUCUAUGUAUUU